UGGUUAGUUGUUGUGUCAUGUGUCAUGUGUAGUGCCAGCACUGCGCGAACGAAGUUACAGACUCCGACCCUCUGUCCGCCGAUGGAGGAGCUGCUGCUUGCAGUCGGCGAAAAAUGCAGCCAGCCAAUCGCCUGCAGGGAGUGUAGUGGCGCUGGCUUCCUUCCACCCGUGACUUUGCUGCAGCGGCUGACUGAGGGCAGUAAACACCAUUGACCUACUGCCACAGCACCGCGACACGCCCCAGCUUCCGGCAGGGUGGCUAGGCGGGUAGACGCUGCGGCACGCGCCAGCAGGCAGGCAGGCACGCACCCGUAUCCGCACACGCACACGCACCCUGCCGCUGACUGCGGCUUCCUUCCAUACACAGCAGUCAUCGUGACGGGAGCAGCGCGACAAGCGGGUGGCGGCACCCGCAACCUGUGAGUGACUGCGCUCAGCUGACGGAUUCAGGUGCCACCAGAAACAUCCAGAUGCCACCCGGCACUUACCAGCCUCCUGAUCCAGGUAUCAACUGAAACAUCCAGGCGCCGCCGUAAACAACCGGUGACCAUCUACCGUAACAAGGGCAUCAGCUGACGGAUCCACCUACCACCUGCCGUAUCCAGUUAGCAGUCGCCACGUCUGGCAUCCAGCUACCCGCUGAGAUGCCUAGUUACCACCUGUCACAUCCAAUUACCAGCUGAGGUACACAGAUGUCACUUAUCAAAUCCAGCUGAUGUCCAAAUACCACCUAUCACACCCAAUUACCAGCUGGGAUACCCAGAUAACCUCCUGAGAUAUCCAGCUACCACCUGCCACAUCCAAUUACCAAGAAGCCCUAUCGCCACCCGUCACAUUCACUUACCAGUUGAGAUAUACAGCUAUCACCUGUCACAUCGCUACCAGCGGCGACGUCUAUUUACUACCCGUCACAUAAAGUUACCAGUGGAGAUACCUAUUUUUUACCCCCUAUAUGGAGUUACCACCAGAGAUACCGAACUACCACUUGUCACAUAAAGUUACCUGUGGAGAUACCGAUUUACUACCCGUCACAUCAAAUUAUUAGUGGAGAUUCCUAUUUACUACCCGCUACAUCAAGUUACCAGCGGAGAUACCCUGGCACCCGCUUAGUCGAUCCUUCCUUCUGACGAGGCUGACGUUCUCCAUUACGUUGACAUGCGUUGAAGUAACGCGGGAGGUCAGGGAGUGUGACGUAAGCGAACCACGACCGGUAACGUGACGUGUGGCGGUGCCAGUAGGCAAGUAGGGAUGUGAACGGCCGGCCCGCAAGUGACUGGAGUGGCUCAGCGGGCCGGUCACCGCUUCCCAACGGUGAUGACGUCAGCAUGGGUAACACCCGCUUGUCGCUUACGGCGCUGCCUGCCGCCAGAAGUAAGUCAUCUCUCGCUUUAACGUCAUGUGACGUCGCCGGCCGCGCGCAGGCUCACCACGACACGUCAUCGAUGGCCUUGGACAGUGGGGGCUGCGGCGCAGCGGACGAUGGAGAGCUGCACGUCACCGUUCAUGACGUAACCAGCGGCGGGUGGCGGUGCUCUGUGCUGCGUAGACUGGCCUGCUGCUGCUGCUUGAACUGUCCACUCUACAAGGGCACAGAUGUGCGUGAUGAGUUGGUGGACAAAUGCAAUGCCGUUAGCCCCAUAAUUCACCCUCCCUCCUUCAACCAGGGGACACUAAGGGAGAGCAGCAGAAGCUGGACAGGGAAAUCUAGUUCUGUCGACUGUGGGGUUGGCAGCAGAGGAAGUGAGUUUGUUGCUGGAGGAAGCUUUCCAGGGCAUGGGCGAAGCUGCCGUAAGUCCAAAGAGAACCAGAGGACAGAUGGUGUCAGCGUAGUUAACACAGUGCCUGGCGAAGCCUUCGAUGCAAGCCGGCGAAAAUUUCCCCUUCAACGGAAAUCAUCAAACAUCAGCAACAACUGUGAGAAGAUCUCAGAGAAUUCCACUGAUGAGAAGGAGGAUUGUGUGUUUCAGGACAACUGCCACACUGAUGUUGGCGUCCGUCGCCACAGUUUGUCUGGCUGCCUAGAACCUUCUAGCUACCUGCAGAUUCCAGGUGUUGGUGGUGCUGGUGGAAAGGAGGCUACAGCUGGCUGUGAGCUGAGGCGGACUAACUCCUCAUCCAAUGCCCUCAGUGUCAGCAUUGCUAGUGGCAAGUCUGACCUGGCCCACAUUUGUGUCAAGCGUGCGCCCAAAGUUGUGUACAGCCACUCUGAAGAUCGCUUGACAACCCAGAGCUGUGACCAGCGGCCCAUAAUUCCUUCUUUGCCCUAUUCACCUUAUGUUUCACCCACUGCCUCACCCCGCCUUCGAAGGCAGCCAACCACAGAAACCCAUCGCGUGUCAGUGUCUGAUGGGGAUGGAUAUACACAGCUCAAUCAGUACCGCCUCAAAGACGAGAUAGGCAAGGGAUCGUAUGGAAUUGUCAAGCUUGCAUACAAUGAAGAAGAUGAUGUUCAUUAUGCCAUGAAAAUACUAUCUAAGAAGAGACUUAUGAAGAAAGCAGGGUUCUUCCGUCGACCACUCCCUUCUCGAGAUGGCAAGAGCGGAGUACCUACCAACCCACUGGAACGAGUAUACCGUGAAAUUGCCAUUCUCAAGAAACUUGAUCACCCAAAUGUGGUCAAGCUCGUUGAGGUGCUUGAUGAUCCUGAGGAGGACAACCUUUAUCUUGUGUUUGAGCUUGUGGAGAAAGGCGAGGUCAUGGAGGUACCCUGUCAAGAGCCCUUCUCUGAGGAUGUGGCCAGAGGAUACUUGCGCGACAUUAUUCAAGGCAUUGAGUAUUUGCAUUACCAGCGGAUAAUCCAUCGUGAUAUCAAACCCUCCAACCUGCUUUUAGGAGAUGAUGGUCACAUAAAGAUCGCUGACUUUGGUGUCAGCAAUGAAUUUAAAGGAAGCGAUGCCUUUUUGUCUAACACUGCAGGAACUCCUGCCUUCAUGGCUCCAGAGACGUUAAGAGACAACCACCCACAGUUUCAUGGCAAAGCCCUGGACAUCUGGGCCAUGGGUGUCACACUCUACUGCUUUGUCUUUGGGAAAGUUCCAUUUGAAGAAGAAUAUAUCCUCGGACUUCAUAAAAAAAUAUUAAAGGAUCCUGUGACUUUUCCAGAAGACAUUUCCAUAUCAGAAGAAUUAAAGAGCCUGAUCCAGCGAAUGCUUGACAAGAAUCCCACCACUCGCAUUACACUACCAGAGAUCAAGGUCGAUCCCUGGGUGACAAAGAAUGGCGUACUACCUGUGCUUCCCGAGGUGCAAGGUUGCAUACUGAUUGAAGUGACAGAGGAGGAGGUGCAAAACGUGGUCAAACAUGUCCCUAAAUUAGACACCCUGAUCUUAGUUAAGAGUAUACUGAAGCAGAAAUCUUUCCGGAACCCAUUUUUGCGCAACAGCAGUGCUGUCAAAGAUGAGUUCCAGCGUAGCGGCCGUUCCCAUUCAGCUCCUGAGUCAUUCACACACAUCAUGAAGAGAAAAGUCUCCUCCGAUGCCAACAUUGACGAGCCCUUGAUAGAGGAUGCAUAAAGAAGGAAGGGUGUUGGUUUUGUUGUAUUUCACCAGCUUCAUCCAUUCUUGUCUUCCUCCCUCAGGAUGGCAGAUGGAAACUACUUCAAUUCCACCUCCCAAACGAAACUUUCCCUUGAAUUUUUAAAUGAUCUAUUUUUGUAAUUUACAAUGGAUGCAACGUGAAACAGAGUCAACACGUGACUCAUCUCACAAUGUCGUAGACUGCCUCCAUUCAGCAUUAUAUUUGUAAAGCUCAUGGCAGAGAUGUGCAUCUGCUUCCCAGUUUUAAGCAUUUCCAUGUUGCCCACAUUCACAUGGAUUUUCCUAAUCUGACCUUUUCCAUGCUUGCUUGGUAGCAACUGAGACAUUGUACAUCUGGCAAGUGUUCAGCAGUUACAAAGGCAUGCCCUGUAAAUGUGUAAUAUUUGGAAGAGAAACAAUACAUGAAGCAGAAUGUUACCGCAGGUGAAUAUCUGGGCUUUAUAUCAGUCUCCUUGUCCUUCAAGGUAUACAAAACAAAUCAAAAGAAACAUUGGCCUAAGAUCAGGGCUUAUUAUUGUUUGUUUUUUGUUUUUUUUUAAAUCCCACUAUGCAUAUGUGUUUUUCUUUUUAAGUACAGUUGGUCUUGAGGAGAUGAAAUGUUGAAAUGUGGGAUACCACAAAAGCAUGUGACUGAUAACAAGAAGUAUGAUGUUAGAAACAUGUCUGGUAUCUUUUAUCAAUACAUUCUUUUCAUUAUCAUACUAGGUGUGUCUGAAAAGUAACGGGAUUAAUGACACAAAUAAUUUAUUUCAAUUCCAAACAACAAACUACAUGUCUUCCCCUUUAAAGUCAUCUCUCCUCGAGUCUCAUACACUUUUCCAUCCAUCUUUACCAUGGUUCUGUGCACUGCUGGAGGAAUUUUUUUGUGAUGCCCCUUACAUCCUUUGGUACAGCUCUCUUGAUGGCCUCGAUCAUGCCUACGAAACAGGUCUCCUUGAUGAUCCCUUUGAGCUUGGGGGUAAAAAAAAGUCACAUAGAGCAAGAUCAGGUGAAGACAGAGGUUUUUUUCAGUGCCAUGAUCUUCUUGGCAUGGAACCGUCAGAUUCCUCAGGUAUUGGGAACAGGUGCAUUCUCGUGGUGAACCAGAGGGCCAUAGCAACAGAGCUGAGGGGCAUCCUACAAGAAUCUUUCCAGCAGUGCAGAGAAGCAUGGUGGAGAAAGAAAGAUGGAAAAGUGCAUUAGACACAAGGAGGAUUAAUUUGAAGGAAAAACCAUAUAGUUUGUCGUUUAGAAUUAAAAUCAAUUAUUUGUGAUCCUAGUCGCCUUACAUUUCAGACACACCUCUUAUGAUAAUGCUAGUAACAUAUUGAUAAAACGUAGUGUAGACUCAUUUGCUGGCACUUAUACAAGUGUUUUUGAAUUCAUGAAUUUUGCAUAUUAUUUCUGGAUUGACAGACAUGUUUGGGAGUGCCAAACAAUCUCUCACUGCCAGUUCUUUACAGACUGGAAGUAUGCAUCCACUAUUAUCACAUGACAGGAAACAGCAACUAUAUAACCUUGUCAUAUUAUGAACACAUUUUAGGUUCCACUUCAACACACAUUUUUAUGAAAAAAUCUGUUUUCUAUGUGCAUGAUAUGACAACAGUGUCAAGUUUGACAUUGACUUGAUUUUAGUAACUAAUAAUUUUAAAGUUGUGCCAGUAGAAACGCAACACUAUUUUCACAUGUGUACAUAUUAGCAUUCUUGUUCCCAUAGGCACACCACAUUAUUUUGUUAGUUUUUUUAAUUAAAAAAACACAUUUUUAUGCAGUUUGCUGUAGAACAUGCAUGAACUUUUAACCUGAUCACCCGCUAGCCCCGCCACCACAUACCUAUGAAAAUAUGCAUGGCGCUAAGGCUAGGACCAUGCCUGAAGAGGCCCUAGAAGCCUUUUGCCACAAUGUACAGAUCGUUUUAAUUAGCUGAAUAUUUGUGCAUAUCAUUAGCAUAUCAUUAUCUGAAGGCAGCCAUCCCCUCCUCCUGUGCCUCAUAUUUUACUCCCCUGACCUUGGCCUUUACUAUCACUGCUUUUUUAUAGCACUUCCUGUUGCAUGUGACUUCUUGUAUCUUAUGUUUCUCCCAUAAUAUAUAAUCGACCUGAUGAAAGACGUCUGGCAUAGUGUAUAAUAAGAUCACAACAUGUCAACAUUUUCAGAGAAUUUGCAUGAUCUGAUUAACUUUGAACCAUGUCAGCAUAGUCUAGGAGAUUUCACAUUGUGUCUUCAGCCGUUGGCAGUAAGAAUGGAUAUUAUCAAUCUUCUUGCCUUUCAACAAAUCAAAGCAAAUUUUUUAUUCAGUAAACCUGUUGUGAUGGAUUUAUGAUUCAACUUGGUCACAGCCAAGUUUUAUGACCAGACUUUUGACAUGCUUGGCAUAUAAUGAUCUUAAAUUACACUUGAAUUUUGAAUUAUAUUUUGUAAAAUUAGACCAUACAUUGUGAGUUAUGGCCUCUUAUAAAAUGACACAGUUGUUAGUUUUGUUACCAUCCAAGUAAAACAGGUUUAUCCUUAAGAAGACGUAAAUCUGAAACCUUAGUAUAUCUACACGCACAGAAAGCCUUGUAACUGCCCAUGAAUGACGAUCUUUUUCUUCAUAACUCUCUUGUUCUAGCUGUUUGCUGCAUAACUGACCACUACUGCAUUAACUGGGUGUGAUGAAAGGUCACAUGACAACUGGAGUUAUAAUCCAGACCUAGUAUAAUGCUAAUGGCUGAAACAGAGGGGAAAAAGUCCUACUAUUGGAGUACUUAUCAGAAUCUAGCCAAACAAGUGACAGAAGUAUGGCCAGGUGUAAUGCUCAGGUAAUUUGAUUCUGGAACAAGAUGCUAUCCAUUAUGCUUUUAAAUCUGGUGGCUGAGUGUAGCCAUUCUUGUCAACACACCUCAGUGUAUAACAUCUACCCGUUAGAAGUAGACAUCUGAAAGCUGCUUAAUAUUCUGAUGUAUUCCUACACCCACCUCUCACCUGCAGAGAUUUGAAGGUAAAUUAUAUCCAGAUGACACUUGGACAGGGACGAAUUUCCCCAUCCUUCCCUAUUUUGUACUUGUAAAAGAUUCAGGGCGCAGUAAAUCAAAAUGCUUCACCACCUGUACUUAAAAAUUUCAUAACCUACCACAUAUUGUCUGUCUUUUACCUGCUGUGAACUUUUUCACCUGACGUGUUCUUCUUUUUCCCAGCGUGCAACGUCAGUUGAAAGUCCUUAUGUCCAUGUUGUAUGUGCUUACUAUGAUGUUGCAUUACCAAUUAAAAUAAAACUUUUUUCUUUCUCUUUUCCCAGUCUGUCCCUGUCCCACUGCUUUAUCACCAGCACUGCUGGAAAGAAUCCUAAUCCUUGAUUUGUUGGCAGCCAUUUUGCAUGGCCACCAGAUGGAAAACAAAUUAUUUACAUGUUACAGUGUUUACAUGACAGUGUGAUGGCAGAUUUGUUGUGAUUAUUUCAAGCAUUGCUUCUUGGCCUGGCACUGGUAUGCCAUGGUUUGGUUGUGAUGAAAAUUUUUGGCGCAAGAUGACCUUUUCAUCCAUCUCACAGUAUCAGUGUAAACCAGACAUGGAAGCUGUGGAUUCAUGUCCCAAGAAAUGUUCUUGAAAUUGUUUGGCUUCACUUCUUUGGGGUGUUUUUUCCAAAGAGUUUUUUCCUCAUGGGUAAUAUAAUAUUGGUAUGUGUAUACAUGUACAGUUUAAACAUUUGAUGGAUAAUAUGAUAUGAUAAGUGUAUACAUGUGCACCUUGCUGGGUAGGGCUAUAUGAUAUUCUAUGCCUGGACCCUGCAAAAUGAGUGAAUGAAUGAGCCAUGCUCCCAGCAUGCACAGCAAGAAUGUCAGAUCAUCACAAAACUGCUUUCCAUGAAUAGCAAAAUGUGUGCAAGAGUGUUUCCAUGAUUUGCCAGUAACAUUCCACAUGGAGGAAGCUCCUUCUACACCAUGACUUCAUAAAGCAUUUAUUUUUAACAUACUGAGCUUAGCCCCAAAUUAGAGAAUUAUUUUUGGAAAUUUUUCUAUAAAGUUUAGUGAUGACAGUUUGAAGAAAAUAAAUGUUCUUUAAUAUAUUCAUUCUGUGCUCCAGAUAUAAAUGGAACAUGCUGUAGUCUAUAUGUCUAAUUAGUCUGGUCUCUUUGUGAUAAAAGUAGCCAUUAUAUACCAGCCCUCUUAGCACUUCCUUUCACAUUGUAGUACUCCGGAUAGGUUUAUCUACAUAGAUCAAUCUUCUUUACUUUUCUUUACAAACAUCAGAUCUGUAAACAAGUAUUUUUAUAUAUUAGAACUCUUUGCCUACAUGACUGCUUACAAAGCAUUUUGUAUGGUGUAUCUAUCAGUGCAAUAACACUGCAUUAUACACAUGAUAACAGAAGAUGAAGAUAUCUUUAAAAAGAAAUUCAAACUGGAGUAAACUGCAGCACAAUGCUGCAUGCAUUGAUUGUAGGGGUUAGUAUCCUUUAGCAAAAUCUAAGUUGAAGUCAAAAGAUUGUCUGAGUUACACCAAAAAAAAAAAAAAAAAAAACAACAACAAAAAAACAAAACAAAACAACAGCUUGCUAA